CAGUGGGACCACUAUAAAUUUCCAUUGGAGCUUUUAAACCGCAGCCUAACGGCUACUCAUGUUCUCUCAAUUUGAAACCACACCAGAGAGUUGAAACCUAAAGAAAAAAGAGAAAAAAAAAUCCUUUCCAAAAUCUCCCAUAAAUCUCUUGUUUUCUGUCUUCCUUUCAAAGACGCUAACUCCAAAGCCUCAGUAUCAUUAAUCCCACUCUUUUACCCUACAAAAAAAAUACCUUUUAUUUUUAAAUUAUUGCAAGAUCUAGGGAUCAUCGAGAAUCAAAUUUUUGAGUAAUUGAAACCAUGGACAUCCCUCAAGAAAUCGACGAUUACAUAAAAGAAACAAUCGAAGAUUCCUUAGGUCUUCAAAUCCCUACCCAAUCUUUGCAAUUGAAACUCCGCUCCGCCGAAGAAGCCCAGCGUCGCCUCCGUGACCGGUGCCUGUUCCUUCUAUCAAAAUUGAAAGAGAAAGAUCGAAUCAUUGAGCGAUCAAAGGCGGAAGCGAAUAUGAAUGCGGUGGCGUUGAAAAGAUUCGUGGAAGAGAAUCAGAAGCUUGCAGCGGAGUGUACGAAUUUGUUGACUCAGUGUAACAAAUGGGAGAAAGAGUGUUCGCUUUAUGAUCAUGACAGGGAAGCGUUGAUGGAUUUUGGGAAUGAGGCUGAUGAGAGGGCAAAGGAAGCUGAGAUUAGGGUUCAUGAAUUGGAAGAUGAGUUGGGGAAGUUAACUGAAGAAUUAAGGUUCUACAAAUACCGUUGUGAGACUCAAGGGAUUGAUUCACCUUCUGAGGGUACAACUUUGGAAGAGAAUUUGCUUGAGUCGGUUCUAGCAACAUUGAUUUGUAAAGAUGAAGUUAUGUCUGGACGAGCAUUCCUGGAAGAAAAUAAUUCGCUAGAAUCACUUCAAAGGUUGCUUAAAAUGUGGAACAGGUUGAGGCCUUCAACUCAAAAAGUUUUGUCACUAGCUGCUGAGGUUAAGACCCUUGAGAAAGACAAGGAACAUCUCAGGAUGAACCUUAGUAAAGCUGAAGAGGAGGUCAAAGUUCUGUUUGAAGAAAACAACAUAUUGGACAAGGAGAACAAAAGAUUAUUGAGGCAAUACCAUAAAGAAAAGAACCUCCAUGUUUCUGGUGGGACGCAUACUGGUAGUACAUCUGCAAAGACAAACAAGCGAAAAUCAAGUCCCAAGAUAUGCAGCCCAAUUGAGAAGAAGAUUGACUUUACUGAUCUAGAUUCGGCAAGGAAGCCUCUGUCACCCCUGCUAUAUAACUCCCCUGACUCGAGAAUGCACAAGUGAAGAUAUGAUCUCAUACAUGAUUGGAUCUAACUUCUUGUCCAUUGGUUAUUCUUUGUAUCGAUCAUGGUGUUAGACUUGGAUUUUCGGAUAGCUUUUCUGAAGCUACAGUGUGUGUAGUUUUCAUCUUUUGCUUGUCUUCAGCAUCGCUCUAACGAAUCUGAUGUAAUAGAAUAAAGAAUUUCUCAAACUAAUGCAGUAAUAAGAAAUUU